UUACUGCAAGAGUCCGCUACCGGGAACCGCAGGAGACCACACCAGCCUGGUUUCAAAGGCUUACAGGCUUCUCUUUCUGGAGCUCAGAGGACCCACGAUCACCAGCUUCUUCAUCUCCCAGGCCCCAGACACCCAACUGCUCAUCUCCAUGGAGCUCUGUCGGUCCUUGGCCUUAUUCACUGGCUGCCUGGGCCUGGUGUCCAUCCUGAUCGCUCUGAGCACGGAUUUCUGGUUCGUGGCCGUGGGGCCUAACUUUUCACUUCACUCGGGCCUCUGGCCAGAGGGGUUUCACAAUAUGGUGGCAGCCUACAUCCACGUGACACAGAGCUUCAGCAUUCUGGCCGCCCUGUGUGGCCUGGUGUCGGUGAUCCUCAUGGUCCUGUCCUACAUCCCCUCAGUGUCCAUUCCAGGCCGCGGGCCCCUUGCCUCCUCUGUCACAGCCUUUGUUGCAGCCAUCUUCGUGAUGGUGGCCAUGGUCGUCUACACCAGUGAGCGGUGGAACCAGUCCCAACACCCCCAGAUCCAGUCCUUCUUCUCCUGGUCUUUCUACCUGGGCUGGGUUUCGAUGAUUCUCUUGCUCUGUGCAGGUAGCCUGAGUCUGGGUGCUCACUGCAGUGCCCCCCGGCCUGGCUAUGACACCUUGUGAGCGAGAGAGGCGACAACAGCAAGAUGAGGCGCUAUUCUCUGAAGACACCAUCAGGAGCCUCAGGCCCCCGCAGCCCCCCCCUCUGGCCCUCCCCCCCAGCCCUCCCCCAACCCCUUCAUUUGCUUCUUUACCCAUUCAACAAACAUUUGCUGGGAUCUGGUAAUUCUGGGAUUAAUUCUGUCAUGACAUAAGCUGAGGGCAAGCCAGCUCCAUGCUGGGUGACGGAAAGGACUCAGAGCCCUUACCUGUCAUCCGUCUGCUACCAGCCGGUAUAGGGGCCACUGUGGCCCCGUGUCAGCUCCCUUCUCCAGGCCUUGUCUUUCUCCCUGUUUCCAUCUCAAGACCCUGUCCUUUGUCUUUCCCACAUUAGUGCUCUUUCCUUCUUACUCCCUGAUUUUGCCACCCCUGUCUUCACUCUGGUCCUCCUUGCUCAUUUCAUUCACUCACUCACGCAUUCAUUCAUUCACUCCUUCAGCUGGCUUCUCCUGAGUUCAUCCUCUCUGUUGGGUCUCCCUGGGGAUGCUGAUGGGAACCUGAGACCUGGGCCUUGCCCACUGGGGGCUGCAAGUCCGGUGGGGGAAUUGAGAUGGCAGGGCAGAGCUUGGGAUGGCGGGGAGAAAGGCCGCGUCAGGCAGUGGUGGGGGGAGGUGAGCUUUCUGGGGAGAGGGUGUUUAGGGGUUUCUCGAGGGCCAAGGCAAAGUCAUCCCGGCAGUGGGGCCCAAAGGUGUGGAGAGGCUGGAGGUUUUCAGGGGAUGGAGAACAGUGCUCUGUGGCAGAAUGUGGAAUGCAGAGGUCAUUGGGGUGUGAGGGUGGAGAGGUGGGUGAGAGCCAGGCCCCUAAGGCCACAGUGACUCUCUCUUGAGAGCAAUGGGGGGCUAGAAGAAGGUUGUGAGGUGGGGAGGGACAGCGCCAGCUGCAGGUGCCUUAUAGAUCCCUCUGGGAUAUGCAGGGAGGUCAGAAAGGACAAAGGAGCUUGGCAAUGCAAUGGGUAUGACUGGGACCGGAGCAUGAGAUGGAAAAGAGGGAAGGGGCCAGAAAGAUUCAGGGGCCGGAAGGAAUGGGACACAGGGGUCCAAGGGCUUUGUGGAGUGAUGGGCAGGAGGGGGCCAGGUUAGUGCCCAGGGUUCUGGUGCAACCAACUUGGGUGGGAUGGUGGGGUCAUCCCUGUUUGGUGGGAGAUGUUGAGCUCAGUUGGGAUGUGGUUGGCAGGGGUCUGGGACAGAGAAGUGGGCUGGAGAUGGUUUGGGUUGCUAUCAGAGAAUCGGUGGCCGAGGGAGCCGUGGCUGUGAGGAAACUCAUCGGGUAAGAAGGUGCAGGAUGGAGAUUCCAGGAAAACCGGCCCUGGGAAGUGGAGGGAAGAUCAAGAACAGGAGCCUGCAUGGGGGUCUGAGAAGGCACAGCCAGAGAGUCGGGGGCCUGGAGAGCUUCUGGGGUCAAGGGAAGAAUUUUCAGAAGGAUAUGGUCUAUCGUGUCAUGGCCAUCUGACUCUGAGCUGUCACUUUGUUAGAAAAGCUGUGUGUGUGUGGGUUUAUGUGUGUGUGUGGGGGGGUGUGGGUGUGGGUGGGUGGUUAUCUCUUUAAGUGGCUGAUGGGAGAGGGGGUUCUGGAACUCCUCCUGCCUCACAGAGACCCAGUCUCCCUUCCCCCACACCUCUGGACUCUGUGUCUAAGAAGCCCCUUGAGCUGGGUGUCAGUCAUUUAGGCGGGUGUGUGCAUGGGGGUUGGGGGAGGGCACUGGACAGGUUAGAGGCACACCCCACUGGAGGAUGGAGAUCUUUGAAAGACAGAGAGGUCCUUAAGCUGUGACUCCCUGUGGGUAAGGUCUCAAGGCGCCCAAUAGUAGCAGUAGGACAUGGGAGAAGGAGGUCUUGGGUUUGGGAAGGGCCUGAGGGAGGGGUCCCCAGACAGGGGUGCUGGGGUGAAGUCUGGGAUAUGUAGGGACAUGUGUGUGUGGGUCUCAAGGGCUUGAAAGAGCUGAGAGAGGGGCCUGGGGGUGGGAGGGGUGUUGGCCAAUCUUGCGUGUGUGACCCUCCGCAGCAGCCUCCCUGGCAUGGGGAUGAAGCGGCGCCUUCAGAGCGGGGGCACCUUGCUGGGCUUCUCGGCCCAAAUCCUCACGAUUCUCUCCACUGCCACCAACUACUGGAUUCGCUACCCUGGCGGCCACAGUGGCCUGUGGCAGGAGUGUAAUGGCGGCAUCUGCUCCAACAUCCCCUGCCAGAGUGAGGCCCCGCCCGCCCAGAUGUCCCCCACUGGACAGACAGCACCCCCCCCCCCCGGCACUGAGCACAGCUGGCCCCCUCGCCUCACACAACAGCUGGGCACAUCCUGCGGCGCCCCCACCCUCACCCCUUCCUCUCCAGUCUCAGAUCCACCUGCCCCUCCGCGACAAAGACCACCACGAAGCCCCACUUUGGGAUCUGCUUCCCUGUUGGGACAUUAACCGCCCCUCAUGAAGCAACUUGCGAGUCCCUAUCCAAACUAGACCGGCGGGUGGGGGUGGUGGCCCGGGGCGGCACCAGCGCGCGGCUGAGGCGGCCGCUCUCCCCAGCCACGCUGGCGGUGGCGGGCGCGUGCAUGGUGCUGGCGGCGUGCUCCGCCGUCGUGGGUUUGGUGAUGGGGCUGCGGGUUCUGUGCCACGAGGGUGACUCGCGGGGCCAGACUCUGAGCGGCGCCUUCUUCCUCUGCGGUGAGGUGGUAGCGGGCCCCCAGGCAUAGGGCGGGCUUGGGAGUUGCGGGGGGCAGGGACCCAGGGUCUCGCACUUGGAGGCGCUCGGAAGGGAAUGAGGGGAGGGGCCGGAGACCCAGAGGAGGGCGUGGCUGGGAGGAGGGGGCGUGGCCUGGGCGACGGGCGCGGUCUAGGGGCGCCUCUGCGCUGCGCCCUGGCUACGCUCACCCCGGGCGCGGGGCCCAGGGCUGCUGCUGCUGAUCGCCCUAACAGGCUACGCCGUCAAGAACGCGUGGAAAAACGACGUCUUCUUCUCAUGGUCCUAUUUUUCGGGGUGGCUGGCUUUACCCUUCUCUAUCCUCGCGGGUAACCUGGACAGCGGGAAGAGGGUGGAGGAGACUGCCCUGAGCACCCCCCUCCCCAUAGACUCCCCGUCGCCCUCCCAGGGACUUCCCAGCACACUCCGCUCCCGACUCCCGCACACCCGGCAGGAUCGCCCUUAGAGCUCCGAACCCCCGUCCCCGGGGCGCUCCCGGUCAUCCGCCCCAGGACCCACCGUCCCCCACCCGCCCUCCGCUCCUCUCCCGCCAGGCUUCUGCUUUCUGCUGGCGGACAUGAUCGUGCAGAGCACGGACGCCAUCAGCGGAUUCCCCGUGUGCUUGUGACCGCAGCCUGCCUGGGGCAGAAUAAAGGAACGGCUUUCACC